UACAGUAUUACCCCUGGACUGAUAUUUAUCUAUGAAUACACUAUGCGUGUUCAAAUUUUGUAUGGUGGUUCAUGUAACUGCUGAUUGGUUGGUUACGGUUUAAUCGACCAUUAAUACCUGGACCGCCACAUUUUGGUGGUCCAUGUAAAUGCUGAUUGGUCAGUUACGGCUUCACAUAUUAAUCUAAUGUAAUAUUCUAUUAAUCAAGAUUGCUCAUGUAAUCCUGACUUCUUAUAAAUAAAUGUAAUCUGAAUAGUUUUCCACAUGGACUCAAGAACAGAUGGAAUGGAUCAUUUGGAAAAACUUUCAUCCGUAUUAGACGAUCUGCAAAAAACAGAAAUUGCCUGCGAUUUUAUGAUCAAAGUUGGUGAGGAAUCGUUUCCAGUUCAUCAGAAUAUACUUAUCGCUGCCUCUGAUUAUUUCCGAGCCAUGUUGUCUCACGACACUAAAGAACGACAAGAAGGAGUUGUUAAUAUGAAGGAAGUUGAACCAGACGCUGUGAAAUUAUGCAUCGAAUUUAUGAAUACUGGAGCCACAACUGUCACCAUGAAAACUGUGCCAAAUCUUCUGCCUGCAGCUGGAAUAAUGCAGCUUAAUGCUCUCAGUGAAAAUUGUGUUGAAGUUUUAAGCAAAAAUUUGAAAGCAGAAAACUGUAUCUCCGUUUUAAAGAUGGCAAGAAUGCAUGGUUUUGCUUUUCUUGAAGAAAAAGCUUUGGAACUCUUCAGAGAAAAUUACAAUUUCGAGGAUUUUGGAGAUUUUGCAGAACUUGAGAAAGCAGGUAUUAUGGAACAUAUUUCUGAUUUUCGUUUGAGAAAUGAAUUGGCCUGGGAAGUUAUAAUAAAUUGGAUCAAACUUAAUGUUGAAGAACGAAGCAAAGAUAUUCUUGAAUUUGUUAAACUAUUAGAUUGGGAAUCCUCUCCUUCUGCAGAACUUUUGGAGAAUUUGUGGUCAGAACCGAUCUUCACAGAUUCCCACGAAUGCAAGAAGUUCUUGUUUUGUCAUUUAUUCAUGGAUUCUGAAAAAUUUGGACAGGUGUUGACUGUUGAUAACUGCUUUAUAAUUGAACUUUUGUCAACCGAAUUCGAAUUUAUUUCAAAACAAGCAAUGGAUGCUAUUGACACAUUUAUGAGGGUGAAUUUGAUCCUGAUUUCAAAAAAAAAAGAAUUCAAAUCUUUGAGUGAAAAAACAAUUUUGUCAGUUUUUGAACAACGCAAUGAAAAUUGCAUCUACGCGGAAAGUUCACGAUGGAAAAUAUUCAUUGGUUGGGUGAAGCAUGAUUCAAAAAGACAAAAGUGUCUUCCAAGAUUAGUUAACACAGUCUGUUUUGAAAAUUUGUCUAAAGAUUUCAUUGAUUUAUCAAUUAAACAGGAACCCCUACUGAGAAAAGUCCCAGAGUGCUAUGAGGUUUUGUUUAGAAACUUUAUCGAUCUCUCAUUCAAGAAAAAAGAAACUCAUAAAAAAUUGUGUGCAUUCGUUGGAGAUGAAAUUUUGACUUUGUCGAAAGAUAAUGAAAAAUGGCUUGCAGUUUUAAAAUUAAAGCACGUGCCUGGCCCAAAUGCAAGAGUUACAGCAACAGAUCGGUACAUAUGGGUCGUUGAAAACAAUACUUUGUCAAUAUAUGAUAACACCACAGAUGAAUGGAGAGAGCAUUAUUCAGGAUGUGGUUUCAGUGGAAGUUUCAGUGUGGCUUCUACUGCAACUCAACUAUAUGCCCAAACAGGAAAUAAGUAUAAGGUAUUCAGCUUUAACAUUUUUCAACGAUUCUGGUCUCAACAAAGAUUUAUUCCGCCUCCUACUAACCCCACUUCAGCAGUUGGGCUCAACAACAAUAUUUACAUUGUAUACUUGGAUAAAUGUAAGGUGAAGUAUUGGAAUGGGAACAACUCUAGUUUUAAGAAUAUUGCUGAUGCUCCAGUUGCAGUUUCUUCAAACAGUUUCAUUUUUACUUUUGAUGGCAAACUAGUAUUGCUAACAUCUGGAGAGUUUUAUGUUUAUCAUGAAAUGACCAAUGCUUGGGGAAAAUGGGGAACAAGUUUGCCAACAUAUUAUGGCUUCACAGCGCAGAAUACCUGGGAUAAAUUGGAACCAAUUUCCAUUUGUUCUUUUACAAAAAACUGAAACUUUGUGUGAAAAUCGCCACGUUAUCCAGUAUAAUUUGCCGAGAUUUUCCAUAUAACUAAGAAUAAUCAAAUCAACCUUUAUUGCAUUGACUACAUUCAGAGAAAUAUUUUUGAAGCUAAAAUACAUUUGGCUGUGUUAAAAUGCUUUUCAUAUAUACCACAAGAACAUAAAUUUAUGACAAGAAUUAAUUUUCCUUAAUGUUUUAAUUUAUUGAGCAGGAAUAAUUAUGAAAUUAUUUUAUUUUGUGACUUUAGGCAUUUUUGCUUGUUUUUAUUACCACAUUUUGUUGAGCCUUGCAUAUUGUUUUCAUGUUUUUAAAAAAUAGUUUGUUUAAUAUAAAAUUUAGUUGUCUAUAGACAACUGCAGUGCACUAUAGUUUCACAUUUGCAGGUUUCCGAACCUAAUUUGAAAUAGUCUAAAUUGCCUCAUUUUAUUUAGUGUCUCUUAUUUAGUCCGAAUGUUCAUCCAUCUAACAAACUGUAUUUUGCUGAAUCCAUGCUUUCAUAAGGACUGACCAGAUAUUCCCAUACCUGCUGUAGCAUAUCAUUUGAUUGUACCGUCUUAUUGACUUUCCUCUCCCCAUAAUAAAUAUGAAAAGUGGUAUACCAUGAUUUGCUUAAUUAUGCCAUUGUUUUGUCAUCAAACUUCCUAUUAUUUCAUAAUAAUAAAUUCAUGCAAUUCUUCUGAAUUUCAAUUCUAAAUUACUAAUUUCGACAAUAAUUCGUUUAUACUUCCAUGUCCAUGCAUCUGGAAUGACUGUCGGGUCAGCUAUUUCCAUGCUUUUCUCUAUGAUAUGUUUUUGAUAAUUAUGCAUUUGUUUUAACAAACUUCAUUUUUACCGUAAUAAAUCUAUGUACUUUUCUAAUUUCAAUUCUGAAUCACUGUAUUUUUCACUUUAGUUUAACCUUCAUUUUAAUCCUGGAUUUUUUCUAUAUAAUAUUUAUUUAAGCAUGAUUGUAUUAUUUUUUCAG